UCGUCAGAUUUUAACUCUGCUGAAUAAAAACGAGAGAAAAGUAAACUUUGAGUUUAGAGGAAGGAGACGAGACGUUCCUGUUUUUGAAGUGAAGGAGGAAGAGAAGCGAAGUUAGAAACCGGCAGCAGCUCAGGAUGAAGGUCACCUUGAUCUGCCUCUUCUUCUUCACAGAACUGCACAAUGGAGAACUUGGUUUUGUUCCAGGAAGAACCUACACACAGAUGAAGGGAAAAAACAUCACAGUUUCAUGUUCAUUUACCUUCUCUGGGAGGACAAUGUACUUCUGUAAGACAGACUGCAGCAGAGAAAACAUUCUUGUUGAAACGACUGAUUACAGAGCCCAGAGUGGCAGAUACAUCAUUGAAUUUAACAGAACUGGUUUUGCAUCACAUGUUGUUUAUGUGAGCAUUACGGAGCUGAAAACGUCGGACUCUGGAUGGUACAGAUGCACUUUGGGCAGGAUUCAACACGAUGAUUUUAAGAUUGUUGUCGUCUCUGCUUCCCCAACAGCAACAUCAACAGGGAGACUGAGCUUCUCUUCUUCUCCUCCUUUCUCCUCUGAAACCACCAAACCCUCCAGCACGUCAGCGCCACCUGCAGGGGUUCUGCUUUCUGUCGGUGUGGCUCUAACCAUCAUUAUCAUCGUUUUGGCUGCAGCGCUUCUGGUUUUCUUCAAAUACAGGAAAAACAAGCAGCAUAAAGCAGGUUCUGCAGAGCCGUCAGUAGGAACAGAGUAUGCCACCGUCAUAAAGCCCCACAGCGUAAAGAGGGAAACUGAAACCCAAAACACAGUUGAAAGUGACAGCCUCGAUUAUUCCGAGGUGCAUUUUCCCAAACAUACCACCAACCUGCACAGCUGCGCCCCCUGUGGUAACCAUGGAGACAGCGUCAUCUACGCUGAGCCUCGGACAGUCGGAAAACAUGGCGGCUGCAGUAAAGAGGAUUCAGCUCGGCAACGUUUAGUCACACUGUAGCACAAACCAAAAAUAAACAACAAUUUAGUUUCAUGUCAGUGACGGCGCUGCAAAGCAAAAGGUGAAAUAAAUCUAAUAAUUUUUAUGUUAAACUUUAUCUUUAGGAACUUUAAAUCAUUAGACUAAUUUGAUCCUUUAAGUGAUUUUGAAUAAUAAACUGCAGGUUUGUACAGAGAAGGAUUUUUAUUUAAAUCUAACAAGAAGCUGCAGGCCCAGAACUCAACCUAAAGGUUAUGAAACUUUACCCAGUUAUUUUUGCUAAAUGUCAAAAAACCUGUAGAAUAAUUGAGGAGAUUUUUCCAGUUCAGAUGGUUUUGAUAUCUUGUUUUUGUAAUCACAAAUACGCAAUGUAAUCAUUCUGUUUUUUUGUUUGUUUUUUUUGUUGUUUUUUUUUCAGAUUGCUUUAAUAUGUUUUAUGAAAGCUUUGAAAUGAUUUCAUCUUUUAUUUUUAUUCUUUCAUGUGGAUUUCUACAUGGGAAAGAUUUGUAAAUACUUUAAACCAA